AACCGAGUAACACGAAGCAACUGCGUACGCAGAGUGGACAACGUGUACCUGGAUGAGGUUAGGCGGUAGGUCGGGCGUUGUCCAGUACUCCGGCGCUCGACGAGAACGAAUCCCUCGUUCUAUUCUUCGUUCGCUCGCUAGCAGCUCGUAUCGAGGUGGAGCUCGACGUCGCCGAGGUUUUGCAUCGCACGCAUAAUCCUCGUUACGCUUGGGCUGAUACGAUGCAGUCUGUCAAAGACAAAGAGGACGAGGACGAGGCUGCUGCGGCCAUGCAGUUUGCCCAUGAUGAGACCGAUGCGAUGCAGUCGGUCCAAGAGGACUGCGAUGCAUGGUCUGUGGAGGCGGAAGCUGGUGGCAUGCAGGCUCUGGAGAAGGGAGCUGAUCAAGAGAUCAAGUGUGACGAAGAGGGUGCACCGUCGAAGCAGCCCUGGGUAGAGGUAGAGGACGAGGAACAUAUUUCAAUCAAGUGCGGGGAGGAAGUGGUGGCUGACGAGGUCGAGGACGAGGAACAUAUUUCAAUUAAGUGCGGGGAGGAAGUGGUGGCUGACGAGGUAGAGGACGAGGAACAUAUUUCAAUCAAGUGCGGGGAGGAAGUGGUGGCUGACGAGGUCGAGGACGAGGAACAUAUUUCAAUUAAGUGCGGGGAGGAAGUGGUGGCCGAGGUCGAAGAUGAGGAACAUAUUUCAAUUAAGUGCGGGGAGGAAGUGGUGGCCGAGUUCGAGGACGACGAACAUAUUUCAAUAAAGUGCGGAGAGAAAGUGGUGGCCGACGAGGUCGAGGACGAAGAACAUAUUUCAAUUAAGUGCGGGGAGGAAGUGGUGGACGUCCCAGAGCCGAAGAUCCAUUUGAUUGACAAUCUCGAGUUCCGGGAGUAUUUUGCUGCUCUGGAGUCGUGUCCAGUCACGAAGCUCGAAAUUAUCCUGGAGUCGAAAUCAAAAGGGCCUCAUUUGGUGCUCCGGAUCCGUAGCCAGCGAGCUGAGGAGAUCGAGGUGACGAUCUUCGGGACAGCUGGCCUGUCCAUACACGUAUCAGUCGACGGCAGUACCCUCUGGGACUUGGACAAACUCUCAUACUGGCUCCGAAGCUCGGGGGAAGAAAUUCCCUUGGAGGUCGCUGUGUUCGACGCCAUGGAGGUGAGAGGAUUCUUGGAUCUGGUUCGUGAUCGACACAUGUGGGCUGCAAGAGUUCAGCUGCAGCUACGGCGCCAGGAUAGUGUCAUUACUAUCGGGGACUACGUGUCCUCCACCGCUCAUGGUUUAUGGCCCGGAGGAAUCAUGUACAAAUCUGGUUAUAUUGACGACAAAUACCCGCUCGCGCUGGCUUUCUGAUUGUCCUGAGAGGUUACACGAUCAUUGGGACCGUCACAGCGCUUGGCCAUCGAACUCAUACGAGUUCAUGGUGUACGUCCGAUCUCAUUGUUAAGUUGAGGAAAGUGAAUGCCUUUCGGUGAUGCACAUGCUCAUAAUCUAACUCCUUAGUCAGA